UGUAAACAGCGCGAUAAGGAAGAGCGAUACAAUGUAAUGCGUCGUAUAAAUAUAACCACAGUUUAUUUUUUUGAAAGAGUAUUUCAAGACAGCUUUGUAGAAAGUGUUUACAAAGUAUAAAGGGCCUCGAAGUGGGGAAUGCGAUCGGCGUUCCGGACAAAGUUCAUUAUGGCAGAUCUCAUGGCAUUUCCACUAGAACUUUCAGUCUCCUCAGAACCUUUAGUUGUCUCAGAACCUUCCGUUUUUUCAAAUCACUCAGUCAAACGGUAUUUUUUGCAUAUUUUUGACAUUUUUAUUUACUUCUUGAUCCCUAAAAUGUUCGUUAGACAGCACAAAAGUGUAGAUGAAAAUGAGCCGAGUAGUGACGAAGAAGUAUUCAGGUUUCCAAGAAGAGUUAGAAAUAUUGUUGUAUCAAGUUCAAGCUCGGAAAAUGAGGAUCUGUACGACAGUGAUGAUUUUGAAGAACUAUUAGCAAACCUCACUGUAGAAGAAGAGAAUGAACAGAUUGAUACUGCCGUUUCAUCUGACAAUAUCCAGUGGAAGGAGUUCACCGGCAAACAAAAAUCAUUCGAAUUCACCGGGAAAAGUGGACUACUUGUGGAACAACCUUCCAAUAUUACAGCGGGUGAAGCCCUUUCUCUUUUCCUGAAUGAAAAAGUGAUAGACCUUGUGGUGAAAGAAACGAACAGGUAUGCAGAAAACAAAUUAGAUCACAAUACAAGCAGCGAACACGCUCGAAUGAACAGAUGGAAACCCACAAAUUGCGAAGAGAUGAAAAUAUUUAUUGGACUGUUGCUUUGGAUGGGUUUAGUGCAAGUUCCACUAACUAAAUAUUGGUCAACGGAUUCUCUUUAUAAUUUUCCGUUUCCUCGAAGUAAAAUGUCUCGCAAUCGAUUCGAAUUAUUGUUAUCGAAUUUACAUUUCGCAAACAACGAAGCCAUACAGUGUAAUAAUCGACUUGGGAAAGUGUUGCCAUUAGUGGAGAUACUUACAAAUAAUUACCAACAAAUAUACUUACCCGGCUCAGAAAUUGUAGUUGAUGAGACUAUGGUACCUUGGAGAGGAAGGCUUAUAUUCAGGCAGUACAUACCGACAAAAUCACACAAAUAUGGGAUAAAACUAUUCAAAUUGUGUUCUACAGAAGGAUAUACGUGGUCCACUAAAAUAUAUGCUGGACGCGAUUCGAGCGGAAUCCAGCGAGUUGGCAUGGCCGAAAACGUUUGCUUCGAACUCAUAAACAAGCUGUUGAACGAAGGGCGAACCCUGUAUAUCGACAAUUUCUAUACUAGCUACGAAUUAGCAAGAGGUGAAAUAAUAUCACGAGAGGACGAUAAUGGCAUCGUAGUGUUGAAAUGGAGAGAUGUCCGUGACGUCAGAAUAUUAUCAUCGAAACAUGCACCUGUUAUGGUACCAGUUUCCAACUCGUCCACUCUUCGCGGACGUCCUCCAAAAAUGAAACCUUUAGCAGUCAUAGCUAACAAUACUGGAAAGUCUGGCAUUGACAGAAGUGACCAAAUGGCAUCAUAUGCAACAACAAUUCGAAAGAGCAUAAAAUGGUAUCGGAAACUAGCAAUUCAUUUCCUAAUAGGUACUUCUGUAGUGAAUGCACACGUUGUUUACCAAAAAGCAACGAACCGGAAUAUACAAAUAAGAAAAUUCCGAGAGCUUAUAGUUCGGGAGUGGUGUGAAUCCGAAAACGCAAGACCCCAAGCAGUAAAGAAAGCACCUCACCGCCUGCAAAUUCGCAAAAAUCCUCAGGGCAAAUCUAUUAGAAGAAUGUGCGUUCGGUGCUACGCAAAACAGAGGGAAACUCUCGAACGCCAGGACGCAAAAAAAAAUGUGCGAAAGACUAUAACAUAUUGUCCAGAGUGUCCACAGUCACCUCAAUUAUGUUUAAAAUGUUUUAACGCAUACCAUAGCUAAUAUAUAAUAUAAAAUAUUAUAAUGUUAUAAUAUUUUAGAACCAAAUAGUAUAGUAUAUAAAACCAAAUA